AAUGACACCCUCACGAGAGUUAGGUGAGCCUGAAUUAUGUGCGUAUGUACUUCGUACUAUUCUGGACCUCAUCUCUACCUAUAUAUUAUAUACCCCUAUACCAACAAAUAAGUCAUGUACUAGGUCAGGAGCUUCCUUCAAUACUAGAUUUUUUACUAUACGCUUGUACAUCUCGCGGCAUGCACUUAAGUAUAUAAUACUUGCAUGGAAUGUACGAAUUUACAAACUCAUGCAGGUCGGCGUAUGUUUGUACAUAAGUAUAUCAGCUUUCUUGUCUUUACUGCAGUCUUCUCAACAGCUGUCAGUCUUUGCCCAAGGCAUUCAACAUUCCGCAGGUGAUUACCUUCCUUCUGUGAUACACAGCCGCGGUACCAAUAUUGCCUCAGGGCGCUGUACACUUUACACUUUAGCAGUCAAUCAAGGAAGUGAAUUCUUGGUUGUGUAUUUGUAAAUUGAAAGCCAUGGGGGAGUGGCGUAGCGGCAAGUUUAAUUUUCCAAUGGCUAUUUAAAUGAAUUGAUAAGAAUCUUCCCUGAAAUCUGAUCCAAAAUUUAUCAAAAUUACUCGACUUUCUUUUGGUUCUUAUUAUAUUGUUUGUCCCAUGAUUCCUCCUAUGUCAAUAAGUAAGCGAUUUCCUGUUGGGAGAAUCAAUGUCAGGAUCUGGCGUGAACUGAUGGCACUGGAUAAACUGAAGAUACCCGGUGUCUUUGAUCGGAAGCAUCUCCAGGGAAGAGUUUAAACCCGAAGUAGUACUAAUAGGCAUGCUCAUGAUGCAGUGAGGGUGCGUUUGUAAAGAAGAACCCAAUUCGGAUAGAAGCCGGUGCUUGGUCCAAUGGUUGAUAUACUUGCUAUACAGGGAGGGAAAGGCCUCGGAACCGCAGACAAUAGAUACUCGAAUUCGGAGAAUUCGAGAGGAGUGAGAGAGAAUAGUGAUUAUUGACCAGCCGAAAUAUCAAUAUUUCCGAGAAAUGGAAUUAAAGUGAACAAACUUGCAAGAUAUGCUCUUGUUUCUUAACUUAAGAAUACCAAACGGCGGCUUUCACAAGUCCCUUCUGUCCCUCGUUCCCAAAGGGAAG